AUCGAACCAUCCUCCCUUUUAAUCAAAUAUGUCAUCCGAAGAUCACACAAUCAAAUUUACAUCUUUUAAUGAAUUUAAAAGUUUUGAACUGAGCUAUCAAGCUUCUCCUCCGUGUGACCAAAACACCACGUCGGCGUAUUCUCGCGUUACUCUGCGAGAUUUCCCCCUGAUAACGCGAGUGGGAAACCCCGUUGUACCCUCUUUCCCUUCGCUGUCCACAAGCAAGAUGCCAGGUGUCACGGUGAAAGACGUCAACCAGCAGGAAUUCGUCACUGCACUGGCUGCCUUCCUGAAGAAAUCAGGGAAGCUGAAGGUGCCUGACUGGGUGGACCUCGUCAAGCUGGGCAAACACAAGGAGUUGGCCCCCUGUGAUGAGAACUGGUUCUACAUCAGAGCAGCCUCCACAGUUCGCCACCUGUACCUACGCGGGGGUGCCGGCGUGGGCUCCAUGACCAAAAUCUACGGCGGCCGCAAUAGGAACGGCGUGUGUCCCGCCCACUACAGCGUCGGCUCCAAGAACGUGGCCCGCAAAGUGCUGCAGGCGCUCGAGCUCCUCAAGAUGAUCGAGAAGGACCCCAAUGGUGGUCGCAGACUAACUUCCCAGGGAACCAGAGACCUGGAUAGGAUUGCCGGCCAGGUUGCAGCCGCAAACAAGAAAAGUGCUUGAAUAAAUCUUUUGGAGAAAUGAAA